UUGUGACAUCGCCCAAGCUGCCCACUAGUUCUCAUCGACCUUUACACAGGCAGCUUCGCGGGUGCUACGACUACCUUGUUUUCUGUCGAUAUUGUCGGACCACCUGAAGUUAGAGUCUUAGCGUCAUACCAUAACAUCUUACAGACAAAUUAGAUAGGAUCCUUCGACCCUAAGCAACUUAACUACUCCACUCACAAAAUCAAAAUAAGACUCUUAACUCUCAACCCUUUCCUCAUUCGAAUUUUACACGGUGUCUCAAUCUUUCCUCGUCAAUUUCCAGCGAAGGCAACAACAGUUAGUCUGAUUCUCCUAUUGCAAUUAGAUUAUUGGGUUGAACUCAAAUUUUUGUGUGAUCACUUUGAUGAUGGAUUCUUUCUUCAGCAAGGGCUUCAAGGGUUCUAAAUGUAAAACAUUACUGAAACUUAGCAUUCCAAGGAUUAAGUUGCUGAGGAAUAGGAGGGAACUUCAGAUUAAGCAAAUGCGCAAGGAUAUUGCUAAGCUUCUUGAGACUGGUCAAGAAGCUACUGCUCGGAUUCGGGUGGAGCACAUAGUAAGAGAAGAGAACAUGAUGGCUGCACAAGAGAUCAUCGAAUUGUUCUGUGAGCUUAUUACGGUCCGUCUUCCCAUUAUCGAGUCUCAGAGGGAAUGUCCACUAGACUUGAAAGAGGCCAUAUCUAGUAUUUGUUUUGCCGCACCGAGAUGUGCAGACUUGCCUGAGUUGCUGCAAGUUCAGUUGUCAUUUGUUUCCAAAUAUGGGAAAGAAUUCGUAGCUGCUGCUACAGAGCUCAUGCCAGAUUGCGGUGUUAAUCGACAGCUGGUAGAAUUGUUGUCUGUCCGUGCUCCUUCCCCUGAAAAGAAAUUGAAGUUGUUGAAGGAAAUUGCCGAAGAACAUGAAUUAGAAUGGGAUCCGUCUCCUUCUGAAUCUGAACUUUUUAAGUCCCAUGAUGAUUUACUGAAUGGACCAAAGCAAUAUGUCAGUGGCUCCAAAGUUCCACUUCCUAAAGAAAAGCAUGACGAAGUUUUGCAAUCUACUUCAGUUCAAGGUGCUAAUGAGCAUUCUGAUUCUGAUGAAAGCUUUGACCAAUUAGAAUUUCCUGAAGUUCCCAAAGCACCGUUGAGGCCAAGUACCGGUUCAGAUGUCAAUCCACCACCACAGACAAGUGAUAGACAUACUUUCCAAUUCCCAGAGUCUAACAUUGGGCCCGAGGACAAAUCAUUGUCUGCCAAGCAUGAAUCACCCGAGUCUUCAGCCACUCCUGGGGAGAUUAAACAGUUUCUGCCGUUCAUUGCGCCACCAUCCUCUUUGUCAUCAGCUUCACUUCCUGUUAAAGAAAGCAGUCAAUCUCCAUCUCCUUCAAAGAAUAAAAGUGAUCCAAAUUUGGAUUGGCAUGACGUACUGGCGGCUGCAAAGGCUGCUGCUGAUUCUGCUGAACGUGCUGCAGCUGCUGCUCGCUCAGCAGCUAGUCUUGCAGAAGUCAGAAUUUCUGAACUUUGCAAGAGUAAGAGUGGUAUUCAGUCCCUUGAUAGUGAUGUUGAGAACCCAUUUCAUGCUAAUAAGGAUAAUCUCUCAGAAGCUAAAAAAUUACAACUGGAUGACAGAAAUACCUCAGGUGAUAACGAUCUUUCGAAUCCCUGGACCCCAGCUGAGCACUUUCAAAAUGACCAGAAGUUAAAUGGUUCUAAUCAUGCUAGUAAUGAUGAAACUAAACCGGAGUCUGAAUUUUUCUCUCCUGCAGAGGAUACUUUAAAACAAGAGUUCUCAUACCAUCAGCCUCAGAGGAUACCAUCAAUGGACGAUGAUUCAGAAUUCUCAUAUCCUAACCUGUUUUCUCCACAUAGUUCUGCAGACAAUUCGCAACCAAAGCAUGGCUCUUAAAUAAACGUGAACAAAAAUUUCAGUCGUUACUACCUUCGAGGCAUCUGCCUUUCAGUCUUGUUACUACCUGUGGCAUCUUAUACCUGUUUGUAUUUGUUUAUUUUUGUUUCUUUCUCUACUUCCCUUCAUGUUUAUCUUCAUGAUAAUUUGUAAAGUAAUAUGUGCUAUGCGCAAGUGAUGACUAAUGGGCUUCAUUAAUGCUAUAAAAUACUGUUGCUUCUA